GAGCUUUUUCUGGCGCUUACACUUCCCGAUUGUCUAAACUAUGCCCGUGGACGGACUGCACCGUCUGUAGAUGCCACUAUCCGCCAAUUCAACAUUGUUUACCGCCUCGUCCUUGCCACAGUUCUUAGUCAGACGCCAACUCUAGCUAAUCCGAACCUUGGGAACUCCUUCUCGGGCUCCACAUCUUUCUUCAGCAUCCCUGUCACCUCAUCGCCGGCCCAAAAUGUCUCAAAUGCCGUCAUAAACCCUUCAUAUGCUUCUACUCUCCCUUCCGUCGGCUUGUUGGCCACCUCGAAUUCUAUCACUAAUCGGCCUAGCUACAAUGCUGUUCCACCCCCCAAGAUGGUAAACUCAUCCUCGACCUCCUCCUUCGCCAGUAUUUUACCCGAGGUACCUCACCGCAUCACCGAGGUGGCUCCUAUCUCGCUGACUGCCCUCGGGAUCAGCGUCCCCUUUUCGUCCAGCUCCUGCAUUCCAACCGUUUACCGGCCAUCCUUCCCUCUCCAACAACAACAACAACAACAACAACAAAUAAAACAGCAUAACUGUGCUUCUCAACCGCACUUGCGCCACCAUAGUCAACCGUAUUACAACCAACAGCAGAUCCCGAAUUGUCUGGCUUCAGGCCUGGUCCAGAUGAAUGUGAUCGACUGCACCUUCAAAAAUCACGAGUUGUUGAAUUCGGCCGAAGCAUGUGCUGAAAGAGCGCAAGUGCUGACCAGGUGGAUUAGAGUCGCCUGGGUGAGAGCACUAGACCCUGUCCAGCCGGGAAUCAGGCCUAUUCAGUCAGCCACAUGCAAAAGAGUUCUUUUACUGCUCCUUAUCUUUGCCUCUAGUUUCAUACUCUCGCCUGUUGGCCCACACGAGUAA